AUGGGAGAUGGUGAGGUGGGCGGCGCAGGGGCGCCUCGCGCGGGCGAUGACGGGCGGGGAUCCCUCGAUGACGGGAGGGGGCCUUCGACCGGGACUUCUCCUCGGGGAGAUUCGUUUCCUGCCUUCCCUUUUACUCCCUACUCAAUUCAGCUGGACUUCAUGAGGGAGCUCUAUGCUUUGCUGGAGCACGGUGGCAUCGGUUUGUUUGAAAGUCCAACAGGCACUGGCAAAACUCUCAGCAUGAUCUGCAGCACUCUUCGAUGGCUGGAAGAUGUCAGAAAGAGAGAUGCAGAGAAAGAAUGGGAGCAACAAGAAAAUGUGGGAGGAGGAGACUUGCCAGACUGGCUCACAGCACAAGGAAAUGAAAGAGAGGCUCAAAGGAGAUUGCAAAAGAAGAACAAAAUGGUGAAAAGAUUAAAUGCUGCACGCGCACGAGUAAAGCGCAAGUCAUCAGCAAAGCAGAGGCAUGCUACUGGCUCUGGAGAUGAUGAGUUUCUCAUCGAUACUGGCAGUGAAGGGACUGGGUCUGACACAUCUUCAGAAAGCGAUGUGUCCAAUUGUGGUUCUGACGAUGUGGCAUUGACCACAAGAAGGCAGAUUGUUUUCUGCAGCAGGACACAUUCUCAACUGUCACAAUUCGUUGGCGAGUUGAAAAGGACAUGUUUUGCUGGUCGCAUAUCUGUCGCAGCCUUGGCAUCGAGAAAGGGCCUUUGUGUGAAUCCAGAGGUCACAAAGCUGAAGACCAUCUCAAGAAUAAACGAAAGAUGCAUGGACAUGAAGGCGAAACGAUGCACUGUGCAAGCCACUGCAAAACAGCGAAUCGGCAGUCCCAGCAAACAGAGGUCGAAGAAAAAGAAUUCGUCAUGCCCUUUUCUACAGAGAGACGAACACUCGCAACGAAAAUUCGUUGAAACGGUUCUGGCGCUACCCAUGGACAUUGAGGAUCUGUCCAAGCUGGGGCGCCAACGUGGCACAUGCCCAUACUACGGCGUGCGGAGAGCAGUUCCCGAAGCGGACGUGUUGCUCGUUCCUUACAGCACAUUGCUGCAGCCAGACACAAGGAGGUCGCUUGGCAUACGGCUGUCACAGAGUGUGGUGAUCAUUGAUGAAGCUCACAACUUGGUCGAUGCAGUGAAUGCGAGCCACAGCGCAUGUCUUACAGGGGAAGACACCAAAGUGGCAAUCUCGAUGAUCACCAGCUAUUUCGACAGAUUUUCUUCACGUCUCUCCCCUGAAAAUUCCAACAACGUUCAGGAGCUCCGCCGUGCUGGCAAGGCAUUGAGGGAGGCCAUCGAGAGAGCAGGCGACCACCGUCAAAUACAUUCUGUCGACGAUUUUGUGUGUGCCGCUGGGCUGGACAACAUGAACAUGUGCAAGCUCGUGCGGUGGGCCCAUGAAAGCAAGCUGGCGUUCAAGGCGUCAAGGUAUGCUGAGUCGCUGUUGGCGCAGAACCCCAACACCAUGGGGAGCGCGUGUCGUCUGGAUGCCAUUCAUUCGCUGUGUUCGUUUGUCACUACGCUGACAAAUGACAGCGAAGACGGUCGCAUUGUGGUGGACCCAAAGGGAGCGGUUUCAGGGAGUGAUUCUUGUGCUGGGAUGUUGAAGUUUGUGCUCCUGAAUCCUGCAAAACAGUUUGAGCAGGUGGUGCAACAGGCUCACGCCGUUGUCCUAGCGAGCGGCACACUGUCACCGACGGGGCUUUUAGUAAACCAGCUGUUUCCGCGCGCCGCCCCAGAGUCAAUUCGCCAAUUCAGCUGCGGCCACGUCAUCGAAGCCAAUCGCCUGCUGGUGCUAGCAGCCGCUAAGGGCCCUGGAGGCGUGAGGCUGGAUUUCAGGCAUGAGCAAAAAGGGAGCCAGGUCAUGAUGGACGAGGCCGGGCGUCUCCUGCUCAACAUCUGCACCAUCGUCCCAGAGGGCGUCAUCGCGUUUGUUCCGUCGUUUGCCUACGCUGAGCAGCUGCGCAGCAGGUGGUCGGCAACUGAAUCCCUGGGCAAGCUGUCCAGCAAAACGCGCGUCUACUGGGAGCCUAAGGCAGCGACCGAAGUGGAGCGCGUUCUUUCACAGUACCGGCAGUCCGUCGUCAGGGAGGGCGGCAGGGCCCUGUUGAUCUGCGUCGUUGGUGCGAAAAUGUCAGAGGGGAUCAACUUCGGCGACGGUCUGGGCAGGUGUGUGGUCGUCAUGGGCCUCCCUUACCCGAACGCCAUGGACGUCGAGCUUCAGGAGAGGAUGCGCUACAUCGACGCCGUCAGCGGUGCUGCUGUGGGCAUCGAGACCGCGAGCACUGGACGGACGGCAACGGGGCGCGAAUACUACAACGACCUGUGCAUGAAGGCCGUGAACCAGAGCAUAGGCAGGGUGAUACGCCACCGCGACGAUUACGCCGCCAUUGUUCUUGCCGACCAUCGGUAUGUGGGACCACGGGGACCAGACGGGGCAGCCUGGCCGAUUAGGAAGCUGCCCGGCUGGAUACAGCGGUCGCUGACGUCGGUCGAGGAGUUUGGAGCGGCGUACUCUAAGCUGUUUCAAUUCUUCAAAGCCUUCAGGCUGCCUGCUCCUGCAGCUGAUUAUGGGGGCAGCUGA